ACAUAACACAGAAAUUUUAGUUAUUCCCCUGCAUUUGAUUAUUGUUUUGUGGACAAAUCUGUCAACCCUGUCAACGUCAAUAGUCAGCAAAAAGAUUUUUUGAUUUGUCAUCCAUUCAACAAAUAAUUCCUUCUACUUAAAGACGUACUGGACAUAAAUCUACAAACUAAAAAUGCCUAUCGAGAACCUGGAAGAUCAAGGCUUGGAGAAAAAUCCCGACCUAGAGCUGGCGCAUCUGAAGUUUCUGUUAACAUUACCGGAAUUUACCAAUGAUAAAAAUGUGCACCAAAAACUCACAGAAGCUAUUAAAAAAGACAACAUGGCUCCCUGGUAUGAACUGAUCUGCAAAGAUGUAGGUUGGAAGGUAGACCAUAGCCUUUUAAAAACCUUAAAGGCUAAGAAUGAAGAACAGCUGAAAAUAUUGAAUGAAGCAAUUGAAGAUGCAGAGAAAAACUUAGGUGAGAUGGAGGUCAGGGAAGCAUAUCUACGAAAAGCAGAAUAUUACAGUCGCAUAGGUGAUAAGGAGAAUACAGUAAGCACCUUCAGGCAAACCUAUGAUAAAACUGUGUCACUUGGCCAUCGCUUGGAUAUCAUUUUUCAUCUCAUAAGGACUGGUCUAUUUUUCUUGGACCAUGACCUUAUUACUAGAAACAUUGAUAAGGCAAAAAGUCUCAUCGAGGAAGGUGGUGACUGGGACAGGCGGAAUAGACUGAAAGUGUACCAAGGAGCAUAUUGCAUGGCAGUCAGGGACUUCAAAACUGCUGCCAAUUUGUUCCUAGAUACAGUCAGUACUUUUACAUCAUAUGAACUGAUGGACUACAAAGAGUUUGUGAGAUACACUGUAUACACAUCUAUUAUUAGUUUGCCUAGAAAUCAGCUAAGAGAUAAGCUGAUCCAUGAUGAGACCCUAAAUUUUUUGAAUAAUGUUAAGACAAGCAAGUAUAAAGUACUGUUCAUCUGUCUUGACAUGACAGGAACUGAAAUACAUUUAAUUAUCAUGUGUUGUCUUUUUCCAGCUGAAGUUGAGGUCAUCUUGAAGAGAGAUUACUAUUUCAACCCACAUUAUAGGUACUAUGUCAGAGAAAUGAAGAUACUGGCAUACACUCAGUUACUUGAGUCAUAUCGUUCUUUAACUUUGCAGUAUAUGGCAGAAGCUUUUGGUGUAACAAUACAAUAUAUUGAUGAAGAGCUGUCUACUUUCAUAGCAACUGGAAGACUCCAUUGCAAGAUCGAUAGAGUAGGAGGUAUUGUAGAAACAAAUCGUCCAGACUUGAAGAAUGCUCAAUUCAACUCUGUUGUUAAACAAGGAGAUUUGCUUUUGAAUCGUGUGCAGAAGUUGUCCAGAGUUAUAAAUAUUUAAAUUUGCUUUAGCUGCUAUGCUAAAGUUGUAAUUUUUUUAUGUAAAACGCUAAGUUAAUAUACCUACGCUACCUACUAAAAA